GAAGAAGAAGAAGAAGAUUAAUGGAGAUGAUGAGGGAAAAAUAUGAAAAACUGAGAUUUGAGGUGAAUGAUGGUUAGAGAAGAGCCGGACCACUACCACCACCACCACCACCACCACCACGAUGCCUGAGGGAGUGCCAUCGUGCCAUCUGUGCCACAUCCACGACCACACCCCUUCCAACACCCUACUGAGAACACAUCCCUCCGCUCCUCCAGAAACACCAGUGCCACGCUCCCACACCACUCUAGAGACCCACACCCCGCCCCACACCCCGCCCACGCCGCCCACACCCUCCACCACACCCACAGAGGCAGAAGUAACCGUGGGAGUGUGAGUGAGAGAGGGGAGAGGGGUGAAAGACCGCACUCUCUCCCCGGUACACGCAACAACACUCUCUCCCACGCCUCACAAGUGUCGGUGGUGCCUGAUGGAGAGGGCACCAGUUCCCACAGGCGCCACCGUCACCAGCGCCACCACCACAGACGCCACCACCACUCCGAUGACUCGCGGCACGGCACGGCUACCUCCAGGGAUGACUUAAGUGGUGUCCUGGCGGCGCUGAUGGAGACGAGUCGCUCCCAGAGUGUCGCCAGUAACCAUGGCAGCGGGCCGCACCGGGAGCCUGACCUGCUCACUGCCCUGCCGCCCGUCACGCAUCCCAACAGCAAGGGCAGCACACUGACGCGGGUGGAGGAGCGGCGCCCCAGCAACAGCACCCUGGCGCAGGACACGGAGCAGGACUACUACCUGCACGUGCACCAGCAGGCCUUCAAGGACGAGGACCGCAGGAGGAGGUUCAACCUGCAGACCGUCAUUCUUAUUGGCUGCUACACGCUCCUGUUCGUGGUGGCCAUCAUCGUGGGCGUGGUGCUGUGCCAGCAGAAUGGGUGGCUGGGGCUGGGCGUGGAGGAGGAGCCGUCCAUGGUGAGCAACGCCCAAGACGCCCAUCCGUCCAUGCCGAGGGAGAUGGAGCGCCAGGGGAGUGGCCGCGGGGUCCGCAACAGAGGUGCCCGCCCCCCGGGGCCCACCAUAGAUUACGACUACCCUGACGACGGGCCGCCGCCGAGGAUCCUGGCCGGCCCCGCCUCCCCGACAGGCGAGAACGAUCCGCUGCGCUCUCUCAACUUUGGACCCGACGACCUGGCGGCGGCCGAGGCGGGGCAGGGGGCCGGCGGCCGCGUGCCGCCCCCUCCCGUGGCCCCCUCCGGCGUGCGGCCAAGCUUCAACACCAACAGGUUGGGGACGGGAGGAGGGACGGCCCACGCUGGCCUGAGUGACGGCACCCAAGCGGCGGGAGGCGGCGGGAAGAGCCUCGGCCAGGCGCCACGCCACCCUGCUGCACCACACCCUGACUCCUUCCUGCCGCGCGGCGCACCCCAGGCCACGCCUGGCGCUCAGGCAGGGCGGGGCGUGCAGGGCCAGACCAUCACCCCGGGGAGCAGGCAGGGCGGCGCUGCCCCUGCCCCAAACAGAGCAUUUAGUGGUGAUAGUAACACUGGUACUGGCACCGGAGCAUUCAAUGGUGCUGGUAACGCUGGUGUUGGCACCGGAGUAUUUAAUGGUGCUGGUAACGGAGCAUUUAAUGGUGCUGGCAACAGAGCAUUAGGUGGCGCUGGCAACACUGGUUCUAGCAACAGAGCAUUUAAUGGUGCUGGCAACACUGGUGUUGGCGAUAGAGCAUUUGGCAGCGCUGGCAACACUGGUGCUGGCAACGGAGCAUUUAAUGGUGCUGGCAACAUUGGUGCUAGCAACAGAGCAUUUGGCGGCGCUGGCAACGCUGGAACUAGCACCGGAGCAUUUAAUGGCGCUAGCAACUCUCACACUGGCACAGGAGCAUUUAAUGUUGCUGGCAACACUGCACAUGGAGCAUUUAGAGGCACUGGCAACACUGCACCUAGAGCAUUCAAUAACGCUGGCAACACUGGCACGGGAGCAUUUGGUGCUGGAAACACUGGGACCGGAGCAUUUGAUACCGCUAGCAACUCUCACACUGGAGCUGGCAGCACUGCACCUGGAGCAUUCAGUGCCACUGGCAACACUGACACUAGAGCAUUUGAUGGUGCUGGCAAUACUGGUACCAGAGCAUUUGGUGGCGCUGGCAACACUGCGUCCGGAACAUUUAAUGGCGCUGGCAACACUGCAUCUGGAGCAUUUGGUGGCGCUGGCAACACUGCAUCUGGAGCAUUUGGUGGCGCUGGCAACACUGCAUCUGGAGCAUUUGGUGGCGCUGGCAACACUGCAUCUGGAGCAUUUGGUGGCGCUGGCAACAGUGCGCCAAGAGCAUUUAAUGGCGCUGGCAAUAUCGGGUCUGGAGCAUUUAAUGGCGCUGGUAACACUAUGCCUGGAGCAUUUGGUGGCGCUGGCACCACUGCGCCUAGAGCAUUUAAUGGCGCUGGCAAUAUCGGGUCUGAAGCAUUUAAUGGCGCUGGUAACACUGCAACUGGAGCAUUUGGUGGCGCUGGCAACACUGUGCCCGGAGCAUUUGGUGGCGCUGGCAACACUGCAACUGGAGCAUUUGGUGGCGCUGGCAACACUGCAACUGGAGCAUUUGGUGGCGCUGGCAACACUGCAACUGGAGCAUUUGGUGGCGCUGGCAACACUGGGCCUGGAGCAUUUGGUGGCGUUGGCAACACUGCAACUGGAGCAUUUAAUGGCGCUGGCAACACUGCAACUGGAGCAUUUGGUGGCGCUGGCAACACUGCGCCUACAGCAUUUGGUGGCGCUGGCACCACUGCAACUGGAGCAUUUAAUGGCGCUGGCAACACUGCAACUAGAGCAUUUGGUGGCACUGGUAACAAUGCGCCUGGAGCAUUUGGUGGCGCUGGCAACACUGCAACUGGAGCAUUUAGUGGAGCUGGUAACACUGCGUCCGGAUCAUUUGGCGGCGCUGGCAACACUGCGCCUGGAGCAUUUAAUGGCGGUGGUAACACUGGCGGUGGAAGAAACGGUGUCUUCAAUGGCGGCGUUGGUAACACUGGCCCCGGUUUUGAUAGGCACAGUGGAGUGUUUGGGUUUGGCAACACUGCUGGCACCACCAACAGAAAUACUGGUGUUGCAAGUACCGGAAGUGGUGGUGCUGCUGGUGACAGUGGCGUUGGCAGCAGUGCUACUCAAAAUGCUGGUGUUGGCCGUACUGGUGUUGGAACUGGUGGUGUUGGUCGUACCGGUGGUGCAGGUGCAGGUACUGGUGGUGUUAGUAAUACUGGUCUUGGUACUGGAAGUGUUGGUAAUACUGGUGUUGGUACUGGUGGUGUUGGCCGCACCGGUGGUGCAGGUCCAGGUACUGGUAGUGCUGGUACUGGUGGUUUUGGCCGUACCGGUGGUGCAGGUGCAGGUACUGGUGGUGUUGGUGCUGGUGGUGUUGGCCGUAGCGGUGGUGCAAGUAUUGGUGGUGUUGGUAAUACUGGUAUUGGUACUGGUGGUGUUGGCCGUACCGGUGUCGCAGGGAACGGAGGACCGGAAAUACCCAGUGCAGGGAGGGGGCAGACAAACAGUGGUACUGGUGGGGGCGUACCGGGGGGACUGGGCACCACCAACCUUGGCCAGGCUGCCAACACUGCAGGAGCCAAAUUCAAUACCGGUGGAGUCAAUACCGGGAUAAACAGUGGGUUCAUUGGCGGCGGUGUUCCCCUUCCCGGUUUUACCUUUACCGGUAACGCUGGCAGUGUUGCGGCCUCUGGUGUUGGCAGUACCGGGCACAGGUUCCCAGCCGGCGGUGGUAGUGCUGGUACUGGUGUUAGACUUGGUAACACUGGUACCGGGAUUGGCAAUACUGGUGUAGGUACCGGGAUUGGUAGCACUGGUGUAUUUACUGGGAUUGGCAAUACUGGUACUGGUACCGGGACUAGCAACACUGGUCUUGGUACUGGGAUUGGCAAUACUGGUGUUGGUACUGGGAUUGGCAAUACUGGUGUUGGUACCGCGAUUGGCAAUACUGGUGUUGGUACUGGGAUUGGCAAUACUGGUGUUGGUACCGGGAUUGGCAAUACUGGUGUUGGUACUGGGAUUGGCAAUACUGGUGUUGGUACCAGGAUUGGCAAUACUGGUGUUGGAACCGGGAUUGGCAAUACUGGUGUUGGCACCGGGAUUGGUAGCACUGGUGUUGGUACCGGGAUUGGCAACACUGGUGUUGGCACCAGGAUUGCUAGCACUGGUGUAGGUACUGGGACUGGCAAUACUGGUGUUGGUACCGGGGUGAGGGGAGGCAGCACUGGUACCGGUGUGAGGGCUGGACACCACGGUACCGGUACCGGUAGUGGCAGGGGUGGCCGCACGGAUACUGGUGGUGUUGACAACGCUGCUCAGGGCAACAGCGUGGCAGAGGGUGGCGCUGGCACCGCUGCAAAUGGCGGCAGGGGAGCGUCCAGCGGGCGAGGCAUCACUGCUAGGGGCAGGGGCACAGAGACCCCCACUAGUUCUGGUACUGACAGGACGGGCGGCAUGGGGACGGGGCGCCGCGCGGGGCAGGCGAGGCAGCCUGCGGGAGGGCGGCAGUCCUCAAGGGGGCGGGGCGUGAUGCGGAACUUGGGCAAUGGCAACAGAGGCGUGGGGCGCCAAGGCGGGGAGUCCACAGGUCGCGAGCCAACAUCUGGGGGUGUGGCAGGCGGGAGACGGGGAGGCCCCAGUGCCCCAGGUCAGCUAGCCCCGACAAACUCCCUGGGCGGCGCGGGGCGUGCCGGCACGGGACGGGAUGAGUCCAGGGUGAGGGCCGGGGCGCCGCCCCCUAGCAACACUCCGCGCGCAGGGCCGGGCCUGACGGUGCAGCGCGGCGAGGUGGUGGCCACGGCGACCAUCACGCACGAGACCUCGGAUCCCGCCGUGCUGCGUCCUGACCACGACGUCAUUGUGCACAUCACGCCCACAGCGCAGGGCAGCGGCGUCACGCUGCUCAGGCACCGCCCAUCCCUCCACCACCACGCAACCGCCGCCACCAAGGCCACGGGCAGGCGCGGCGGGCAGAACAGGACAGCGCCCCUGCUCGAUCCAAGUCACUGGUGGAGGUGGUCGGGCGCACCGGCGCCAGGACCCCAAGCAGGGGCCGGGCUGGGGCAGAGGCGGGGUAUAGGGCAGGGUCUGUGAACAGGGCGGGGUCUAGGGG